AAAUUCAAAAAAAGAAAAAAGUAAAAAAGAGAAAUGCUUGGGUUGUACGGGACUCCAAAUUUGGAGUCAAAUCAGAUCCAUUAAGCCCCAAUUUUCAUUUUCCGGCCAAUUCCGCUCGAUCUAGCUAUGCUAGGAAAGAGUAUAUGCAGUGGAUGGCGCCCCUUUCUUGUUCUAUGUUUGUCUUUCUUUAUUGUUUUUCUUCAUAUUAUGUCAGUUUUAGAACUACGGCAGCAUUCUGCUGAAGAAGUUCCACAAAGGAAACAAUACAAGAAGUUUGAUCAUCUGGUUUUUGGACCUGCUGCAGGCGAAGGGUUGUCUGAUCGUCUACAGUGCGAAGGCAACAAAGCUCUCACCAAGACAUAUUUUGGAGCAUCUUCUAAAAAUUUGAAGGCUGGAAGCAAUAUUGCCAUUGUCACCGUGUUUGCCACUUAUAAUACUGCUGUUGAUCAGCAGACAAAUGGCAAAUCAAUAGACAGUGUUACAGUUGGGAACAUUUCCUACAACAAGGUGGAAAGGUCAAUUGCCGUCUUGAAUGUCUUCGUUAAUUUUAUUCAGAUGCCUGAAGGCUUUCAACUGCGAAGGGUUUAUGGUGGACACACCUAUUUGUAAGGCCUCUUACAUCCUUCUUAGUGGUGUUUGACAAGGUGUAGGGUAAAAAGAUCUAUGAUAAAACAUUAAAACUGCACAACCGGACAUGAGAAUUUCCGAGACAUGAAAAUUAUUUGAACUGCAUUCCUCACUAGUAUUUAGUUCAAACUCAUUAGAGUGAUCUUUGAUCGCUUAUUUGACUUUAUUUUGUGGAGGAAAGCAAUGAUUUGCUUUGUCUUUUUUUUUUUUUUUCUUUCUCAUCGUCUUAUGAGAACCUUGAUAUUCCUUCUGGAUAUCUUGGUACUUCCAUUACGCUUUCUUAUUUUACUUGCGAAGUGCCUGUAUUACUCCAAAUUUAGAUUACUUCUAAUUAAAUCUCAUUCCCAAGCCAAUCUUUUCCAGCUGUUACUAUAGGUACAACAACAACAACAACAA